AUGCAGUGGCGCGCAACCUACUUCGGGGUCACUCUGAGAAGAGUAAUGGCGCAGAGAGGCCGGCCGGCGAAGCAACUCCUUGCGGCGAGCGUUCGCGGGAGCAAAAUAGCGAGAACCGACGGAAAAGGCGGUGGCGACCUCGCAGCCGACGCGACUAAAUGAAUGAAAAGCCCCUCAAGACGGAAAUCACAUUUUGGUCCCCUAGAGAAGGCCAAAUUACGCUCCGAUCCCCGUGGCCUUAUCUGGAACCAGCAAACGGCAGAAAUUUUCCGAUAGCGACGUCCGAACGGCCUCGUGGGCCGUAUGAUUAGCGUUCUCACCGACUGAUAAGAUGCCCUUUUGAAAGCUCCACGCCAGCUAGAUCGCCGCCGGGCCUUCUGGGCUGGGAAAGGCAGCCCAGUAAGACUAGAAAUCCACUAUUUUAUUUAUUUAUUUAUUAUAACGAGUUAUUUUUCAUAAAUAAAUUCUUUACCAUGAAUGAUUUUACGAGUUAAUUAUUAAAUAUUUUAAAAUAAAACAUAUUACGCGUAUUACAUUACGCCGUUCGAUGGAGAUCAGAGUCGAUCGACCGCAGUUAUUACACGUGGCGGCCUCUCUUACGCUGAGAUUUCCCUACGUGGCAAGUCAUACUUGAGGUAAAGAGACAGACAGCAGUGGGUGACGUGUUCCCCUCCUGUCGAAAAGAUAUAGCAGUACUGUUGGCAGAUAACUGAAUCAAUCAGCAGGACUGAUGGGGUAGCUGCCGUAUCGCACCUUUAAACGCAGCUCCACGGCCACUUUCUGGCGCUGCCCCCUGAUUUCGGCCUCUCCAGUCUCGCCGCCGCCGGCUGCCCAGCGCAGGGAGCUGAAGCCUGGGUCAGUUCGUCAUUGAGGCUCCUGAUGUGGACGUCUUCUUCCUCCCCUUCAUGGUCCCAGGGUACUACAGGCCAUGAUUACCAUGACUAAGCUCUUCGCCGCGCGCGGCGCGAGGGCCAGCGUGGUCGCCGCCGCCGCCGACGCCACCACAUUGCGGCCUUUGCUGGACAGGACCGACCUCUCCAGCCGCUCUGUGCAGCUUCUCCUUAUCCUCCUCCUCCUUCAACGGCGGUGGCCCGGCACUGCGGGUGCCGCUCCGUAGUCUUCUCCGGGAGCAGCCGCCCGUCUGCCUGGUAUUCGACGCUUUCUUCCCGUGGGCGAUCGACGUCGCGGAGGAGUUCGGCGUGCCGAGGAUCAACUUCCACGGCAGCACCUGCUUCACACCUGCGCCUACGUGAUGCUCGGCCUCCACCCGCCCCUCCCCAGGCGGACCCCGUCGUGCUGAACAGCCUCCCUCACCGCGUGGAGCUGCUCAAGACCCAGUUGGCUGAUUCAACCAUGCCAGCCAUCGCCGCCAUCUUGAGCAACAUCGCCGAGUCCGAGUUCCGCAGCGACGGCAUGCUAGCCAACAGCUUCUACGAGCUGGAGGCGGAGUACUUCAACACCAUCCGCGAAGUCCAGGGGAAGAAGGGCGUCUGGUCCAUCGGCCCGUUGUCGCUCCUCUCCGACGCCGCCGCCGCCGCCGCAGGCGGCGAUGCCGGAGAAGACGCCGGCGGCUACCUGAGAUGAUUCGACGGGAAGAAAUCCGGCUCCGUGGUGUAUAUUUGCUUCGGCUCCGCGGCUCAGCUCUCUGGAGCCCAGCUGGGGGAGAUCGCCGCAGCUUUGGAGACGAUGGAGUGCCCCAUCAUAUGGGUGCUGAAGAGCCCGCCGGAGGGGGGCCUUCUGGAGAAGGUGACGACCGGCGGCAAAGAGAGCCUGGGGAUACUGGUCACCGGGUGGGCGCCACAGAAUCUCAUCCUAGGCCAUGCCCCCGUGGGGGCUUUCAUGACCCACUGCGAGUGGAACCAUGCUUGGAGGCCGUUGCUGCCGGCGAUGGUCACUUGGCCACUCAUGGUGGAAUAGUUCUUCAACGAGAAGCUGUCGGCGACGCAGGUGCUGAAGGCAGGAGCCGGGGUGGGAUUCAGAAUGUGGACUCUAAAUAUGAGUGUAUGAAUAAAUAUACAAGCACAUGAUCAUAAUAAUAGUAGAAACUCAUUUUUUAGAUAUUAGUAAAAAUAAAUAGAAGAUAAAUCACCAAGCUAUCAAGAACACUGAUAAAAUUAAUACUUUCACUAAACACUUCUAAUCUACAUCUCAAAACCCUUGAGAUGACCCACACAUUGAAGAGUCAGUAAUUAUUUUUUGUCUCUUUCUAUAAGGAUUUUAAUUACAAUAGAAAGAGACCAAGAAAGAGAUAAAUAGUUGAUGGAGAGAGAAUAGAAUUAAGAAAAAAAGAUAAAUAACUCUUUACCUACUUCAAUAGUUGUCAUGUAGUCUAUCUCUGUAGUAGAUCAUGCGAUAGUAAUUUGAAGUGUAGACUUUCAACUCAUAGGUCCACUAGUCACAAUAAAAAUAUGUCUCGUCAUAGAUAUUUGAUGAUUUAAAUUUUUGAUAAAAUUUACAUCAAUAAAGUCAACAAUAGAAAGAUAACUUUAUUAGUCAAAAUAAUUUUUAAAAUCUAAAGAACUCUUUAAAUAUCAGAUAAUUCACUUUACUGUGUUCUAAUACUACUUUUUUAGAUUGCUUAUAAAUUUAUUAACAAGUCAAAAUCUAUGAACAAUAUCUGAUCUUGUACAUACGAUAAUAUAUCAAUCACUUUCAAGAUAUAACUCUUAUGAGUCAACUAUAGUUGACUUAACUUUCAAUUUGUAUAGAUCUUCAUACUAAUAAUCUUCUUUACCACACUAAGAUUUUUUAUGUCAAAUUUUAUAUUCAAUAGUGAUGUCAUAUGAAUUAUUCGAAAGCAAUGAAUAUUCAUCAACAUAGAACAUCAAAAUAAUUAAAGAAUCAUUACCACAAGUCCUCAUAUAAAUAUAACAAUCAAAAUCACAUCUUAUACAGUCAAUAUGUGAUAUGUAAUAAUCAAUUUUUUUGUAUUAUUGUCUCGAUGCCUAUUUUAACCCAUAAAGAGACAUCUUCAAUUGAUAGACAAGAUGUUGUAAGCCAUACAUAACAAAAUCUUCUAACUAGUAUAUGUAAAUAGUCUCCUUCAAAUCUCUAUAAAAAAAUGUCGUCUUCACAUUCAACUACUUAAAUUUCAUAUAUUCAUGUGUGACAAUAGUUAACAUCAAACAAAUAUACAUGUCUCACAAUAGAUAAAAAUAUUUUAUAUAAAUAAUUUCAUACUUUUGUGUAAAGAUUUUGCAACAAGCCUUAUCUUGUACUAUGGUUGAUUACUAUCAAUCAUUGAUGUCUUUUUCUUGUACACUAAUUUGUACCAAAUAGUUCAUUUAUUUGCAAAAAGAUCUACUAAUUAUUAUGUGCGAUUUUUAUCUAAAGAUGUUUACUCUUCAUAAAUCAUUUGUAGUUACUUCUCCUUUUUAGGACAACUAAUUAUCUCUCGAAAAGUUAUAGUUUUGUCAUCGUCAAUUUGUUUACUUUAUGCUUGCCCCCUCUACUAGUAAUACAAUUAAGAACACUGAUGAUUCUACAACUCGAUCUUUACUCACAACAGAAUGAAGAAGAUUAUGUACAAUACUCACCUUUAAUUUUAUUUUGUAUUCAAUAUGAGUGUCAUCAGAUUCUUGAACUGUGUUAUGUAGAGAAAGAUUUUAACAUAUGAUCUUCAUCAAAUACUACAUCUCUAUUACAAAUAAACUUCUUUGCCUCUGAAUCUCAAAGUUGAUAUUACUUUACGUUAGUCUUAUAUCCCAAAAAUAUAUAUUUUUUCAACUUUAAAUCUAAUUUUGAUCUUUCACCAAUAGGUGUAAAGAUAUAUAGUAGACAUCUAAAUAUAUGCAAAUUUAAAUAGUCAAGAUAAUUUUUAGUUUAUACCUCUUAGUAAAAUUCUGCCUGAAAUAAAAAAAAUAACAAAACAUAAUUUGAAAAUAGUAGAAAAUGUAACUUUAAAUUUUAAAAAAUUGAAAACCUUUUUUUCAAACCUCAACAUCUUAGAAAAAACAUAAUAUGAAAUUCAAAAAUUAAAAUCAUUAGAAGAAUAACUUUUAUUGGUACAAACUUUUACAAAAAAAAAUACUUGUUGAAAAUACAAAAACUUAUAAUCAUACUAACCUUGUUUCCUACAUCAUUUUGCAUGCAAGAGAAAUUAAAGCAGUUAUAGUUGAUUGAUGCCAAAAGAUAUUAAGAUAAUUAUUAUUGAGUUAGAUGUUAGAAUACUCCUCAAAUACAUGAUAAAUAACAACAAUUUUAUUUUUACAGAUUUUCACUGUGGCCUUAUGAAUAAUAUUUACUUGAUGUGAAAAUUUGAUUGAUCAUUUUAGUUUAACAAAGAUUUUUUACACCUUGAUCUAUAACUGUUAAACUCUAGAGUUUACAUGACAGAAUUCGUAACAUUAUAUUUCCCUCUUAUUUCUAUUUUCUAGAUACUAUGCCAUUCUUUGAUUAUAGAUGUUGCAUUGUGGAACUAGUUAAGGGGAUUAUAUUUCCCUACUGAUGUUUUAUUUGCUCUACUGCUUCUUACUUUCUCCAAUCUACCUAUGCAAGCCUUUAGAUCAUAUAUUACAGUGUUGUCUUUGUGCCGUCACUUCCUUUUUUAAGGAUUGUGCUGUUCUUAAGCUUUUCUCAGUCGACGAACAUGGAUGAUAAGAUUUGAUAUGUAUUGCUCACCCACUCUGCCUUCUCUCUCCUCCCACCUUGACUAAACCUCCUAGAACCUUUCCUCUAUGUCUGGUAUGUCUAUUGGUAUGGUCACUUUGCGUCACAAUACUCUCUAGCUCAGUCUUGGAUGCUGGGACAAGGAAUUGAUUCUGCUGCUUGAUACCCCUCACAUGAUGCCCACAAAUAGUUUGGACAUUUUUUGUCGGAUUCAUGUGAUCUGGUGUGUUGGCUCAGAAGUCACUAGUAGAGUCUUGCUGAAUGUGCCUUCCUCAUCUGCCUAAAUCAUUGGUGAUAUUGGACUGGGGAUGGUAUUGAGACCCAGAGAAUACAGAAAAGCUAAAUUUUAUCUAUAAAAGACCCUCUUAAUAAGUGCUCAUGCUGUUUCUUCUAGUCAGUGCAUUUUAUAGGCAUACCUUGUGAGCCAAUUUCUGUAUUAUUGUUACAUUUUCGAUACCCUAAUCACCUCAAGAUGGAUCACAAUGACUCGCACAUCCCUCCCCUUUCUUGCAUUACUGGUGAGUAGAACUGGUCUCGUAUUGGGUCACUCAGUAUAGGUAGUUCAAUCUUGGGAAGCCUCAGUCCAACCAUGGGGAAGUAUGUCAACGCAAAUUGGACCGCUGACGAACGAUUUCACUCAAGGUACCACCCAGCGAAAUAACUUUCGAAUUGAUGAUGAUGGUGCCAACGAAAAAACAAUUACAAACGAGGACUACAUGUGUGUUUAACAAUAUAAAUAUUCCCAAUUAGAAAUCAAAGUGAAAAUGUCUCUUACGGCUGUCACCACUCAAUAGAGUGAAAAUUUCGGUGAUGAUGGGUAUUUAAUGAAUGACACCCGGUGGAUCUGAGAUUGACGAAAGGAGGGCAUAUCCCAGGGAGCUUCUUUCUAAGGUUCACGUAGCAAAAGUAGGUUCGUUCAAGAUCAUGUCGGCAGUAAAUUUUGGUACCAGACGAUCUCAACGUGCAUGAUUAGGGUAGAAACCCUCGAUUAUCCAGCGGAAAGUACGAGUAAUUCGAGGGAAGAAAACAGACGCUGGCGGGGAAUUCAUCAGGAAAACUCAUUGCAUUCGUACAUACGACGACUAGAUAGAAAGAGGGAGAAGAUGCAGUGGCGGCGCAACCUACUGCGGGGUCUCUCGGAGAAGAGUAAGGGCGAACAGAGAGGCGGCUGGCGACGCAGCCCCUGGUGGCGAGCGUUCGAAGGGGAAAAUAGCGAGAACCGACGAAAAAGGCGGUGGUGAUCUCGCAGCCGACGCGACUAAAGUAAUGAAAAGCCCUCACGAGGGAAAUCGCAUUUGCCCCCCUAGAUAAACCGAAUUACGAUCCGAUCCCCGUGGCCUUACCUCGAACCAGCGAACGGUCACAAUUUUCCGAUAGCGACGUCCAGACGGCCUUAAGAUUGAGCGGGUACGAUUAGCGUUCUCACCGACUGAUAAAAUACCCUUCUGGCAGUUCCACGCCAGAUAGAGCGCCGCCGAGCCUUCUGGGCCGGGCAAGUCCAGCCCAGUGACACCAGAAAUGCACUAUUUCUUUUUAUUUUAUUUUAUUUAUUAUAAAAAUUUAUUUUUUAUAAAUGAAUUUCAUUACCAUGAAUGAGUGCUUAUCGUCGUAUUUUACGAGUUAAUGAUAAUAAAUAUUUCUUAAAUCAGAAAUACUACGCGCCUUACAUUACGCCGUUCGAUCCAAACCAGAACCGAUCGACCCAGAUUCUUACACGGGGCGGCUUCUCGUACGCUGAGUUUCCCUACGUCGGUGGCGAGUCAUACUUGAGGCAGACAGCAGUGGAUGACGUGUUCCCAUCCUGACUAAAACAUCUACUAACUGAAUCAGCAGGAUUGAGAGGGUUGGCCUACCGCAUUGUCAAACGCCGCCCUGCCCCACGCCCUAACCCCAAAUCUCCGGCGCUGCCCCUGUUCUCGGCCCCUCCAUUCUCGCCGCCGCCGGCUGCCCAGCGCAGGAAGCUGAAGCAUGGAUCAGCCCACCAUGGAGGCUCCUGAUGUGGACGUCUUCUUCCUCCCCUACAUGGUCCCAGGGCACUACAGGCCCAUGGUGGGCAUUGCCAAGCUCUUCGCCACGCGCGGCGCGAGGGCUAGCGUGGUCGCCGCCGCCACCGACCCCGCCGCCUUACGGCCUUUGCUGGACUGGACCGACCUCUCCGGCCGCUCUGUGCAGUUUAUCCUCCUCCCUUCCUCAUCCUCCUCGAUGGCCGACCUUGGCGCGGUGCUGCGGGAGCCGCUCCGUCGUCUUCUCCGGGAGCAGCCGCCCGUCUGCCUGGUGUUCGACGCUUUCUUCCCGUGGGCGAUCGACGUCGCGGAGGAGGUUGGCGUGCCGACGUUCACCUUCCACGGCAGCAGCUGCUUCACUUCCUGCUGCUACAAGAUGCUCGGCCUCCAUCCGCCACCUCCCCAGGCGGACCCCGUCGUGGUACCCGGCCUCCCUCACCGCGUGGAGCUGCUCAGGACCCAGUUGGCUGAUUCGACGGUGCCGUUCAUCGCCGCCAUCUUUAGCAAAAUCACCGAGUCCAAGUCCCGAAGCGACGGCAUGCUGGUCAACAGCUUCUACGAGCUGGAGGCAGAGUACUUCGACACCACCCCCCAAGUCCAGGGGAAGAAGAGCGUCUGGCCCAUCGGCCCGUUGUCGCUCCUCUCCGACGUCGCCGCCACCGCCGCCCGGGAUGCCGGAGAAGACGCCGGCGGCUCCCUGAGAUGGCUCGACGGGAAGAAACCCGGUUCCGUGGUGUACAUCUGCUUCGGCUCCAUGGCCCAGCUCUCCGGUGCCCAGCUGGGGGAGAUCGGCGCGGCUCUAGAGACGAUGGAGUGCCCCUUCAUAUGGGUGCUGAAGAGCCCACCGGAGGGGGGGCUUCUGGAGAAGGUGACGGCCGGCGGCAAAGAGAGCCGGGGAAUACUGAUCACCGGGUGGGCGCCACAGAAUCUCAUCCUGGGCCACGCUGCCGUGGGGGCCUUCAUGACCCACUGCGGGUGGAACUCGUGCCUGGAGGCCGUCGCCGCCGGCGUGCCGAUGGUCACCUGGCCGCUCAUGGCGGAGCAGUUCUUCAACGAGAAGCUGGUGACACAGGUGCUGGGGGCGGGCGUGGGGGUGGGAUCCCGAGUGUGGACCAUGAAUGAGGAAGAAAGGGACCUCAUUGGCAGGGAAGACAUCCGCAGGGCGAUUGCACGGGUGAUCGACGGCGGCGAGGAGGCAGCUGCCCUCCGGAGAAGGGCAGCGGAGCUGGCGUCGUCAGCUCGGAAGGCCGUCGCCGAAGGUGGGUCCUCAUACGAGAAUGUGGGCUGCCUGAUCGACCAGCUGCGACGGGGAGAGUGGUGCAAACUGGCGGCGGCGGCGGGACCGUAGACGACGGUGGCGGCGGACUGAAAUGGGUGUUGUUAGAACGCUCUUUCUUCCACAGUCAGCUGUUCAUCAAAGAACGCGAUGUUAUCAGUCUUAUUCGAGCUCCUUGGGAGGAACCCAUUGCGGGGCCGCGUACCCGAGGAACCACAACUAACUAAUAUCAAUCAAUCAAUGGAUCAACUAACUGUUUUACACGAGAACGAGAGCUCUGCGGAGAAAGAUUCGACUCCUCUACUUUCACAUGUACAGCACACCUCUCAAAUCAAAUCACUAUAGAACAGAGAUCCUCGAACACCGUUCUCAUGCUGGGUCUCUCAUUUACAGGCAGAAUACAGCGGAGAGACACGGCCAAGAGCUCGUCCAUUGCCUUGGGGAGGUUCUCCUCAUGGACGGCGAUGUCCCUGUCGAAGCAUUCUGCUCCCCGCCCCUCCCGCACGCACAUCCGCACCCAGUCGGUGAGAUCGACGGCGCCGGACUGGCCGGAAAUUAUGUCACCGGCGCUCCUCCUGGUCAGCAGCUCCAUCAUUAUCACCCCGAAGGCGUAAACGUCGGCCUUCACCGUCGGGAACGGCCGGCUCGAGCCAGCUAGCUCAGGGGCGGCGUACCCGAGGGCUCCCAGAUUGAGCAUCUGCUCGCUGAUGCCGUUGGGGGUCAUGAGGCGAUGCAGGCAGUAGUCGGUCAGCUGGGCAGUGAGAUCAGGUCCAUUUAAGAGUAUGUUGGCCGGCUUCAGGUUGCCAUGGGGCAGGCCCCUGUCAUGGUGAAGAUGCACCAGGCCCCGGGCAAUGUCGAUGGUGAUCUUGAGCCGCUGGGUCAGUGACAGGGGGGAAUGCCUUCUUGGGGUAGAUUCUGCGGAGUGAGCGCCCAUUAGGCCUCCAUCAGCGAAACCAAGGUAGAUUAUGCAGAGCUAGUUAUAUCGAACGAAUAAAAGAUUGACAUGAGCUGAUUCAUUGCUCUCUGAAUCAUGCCCUGUACUCUGUCACCUACAGAUUAUGUAGAGGACGAUCAAAUGAUCAUAAAGUAUGAAGAAAAGUAGAGAUAUGUAGGAAGAAAAGCCUUAUCCAUGACAUGGUGCAUAGAACAGCCAUCAACUCAAUUCUCACGGCUUGCAUCGAACGGCUCUUCUGAAGAAACAAAUUGGUUCAGGCUUUUAUUAACCCACACUUCUCAUCCUGUUGGCCCACUCUUUCAUUGGUUUUCUCACCAUGGCAGCUACUGCCUCUUCACAUCUGGCGGCCACAGACGACAGGCAAACCUGCACACUCUGUGACUUAAAAUGCCAAGACUGUUAUCAGAUGGCAUACCUUGAGUAAAAUCGUUCGUCAGCGGUCCAAUUUGCGUUGACACACUUUAAGUCAGCCAAAGCCAACUUUCCCAUAGUUGGACAGAGGCUUCCCAAGAUUGAACUGCCUAUAAACUGAGUGACCCAAUACGAGACCAGUUCUACUCACCAGUGAUGCAAGAAAGGGGAGGGAUGUGCGAGUCAUUGUGAUCUGUCUUGAGGUGAUUAGGGCAUCGAAAAUGUAAUACAACAAUUGGCUCACAAGGUAUGCAUAUAAAAUACACUUACUAGAAGAAACAACAUGAGCACUUAUUAAGAGGGUCUUAUAUUAGAUAAAAUUUAGCUUUUCUAUAUUCUGUGUCCCAAUACCAUCCCCAGUUAAAUAUCACCAAUGGUUGAGGCAGAUGAGGAAGGCACACUCAGCAAGACUCUACCAGUGACUUCUGAGCCAACACACCAGACCACAUUAAUCCAACAAAAAAUGUCCAAAAUAUCUGUGGGCAUCAGGCGAUGGGUAUCAAGCUGCAGAAUCAAUUCGUUGUCCCAGUAUCCAAGGAAUAACUGAGCUAGAGAAAAACGGUAUUGUGGAGCAAAAUGGCCUUACCAGUGGACGUGCCAGACACAGCGGAAAGGUUCUUGGAGGUUUAGUGAGCAAGGUGGGAGGAGAGAGAAGGGAAAGGGGGUGAGCAAUGCAUAUCAAAUCUUAUCAUCCGUGUCCGUCGACUGAGAAAAGCUUAAGAACAACACAAUCCUUAAAAAAGGAAACGACUGUACGAAGACAGCUGUGUAGCGUAUGAUCCAAAGGCUUGCAUAAGGAGAGUGGAGAAAGUGAGAAGCAGUUGACCAAACAGAAACAUCAGUAGGACAAUAUAAUGCUCUGAACCAGUUCCACAAUGCAGCAUCUAUAAUCAAAGAACGGCAUAAUUUCUAGCAACUAGAAAUAAGAGGAAAAUGUAAUGUCGCGAAUUCCAUCAUGUAAACAGUUAACUGAAGAUGCUCAACAAAUUACAUGAAAUGACGCCUGAAAAAAAUAUAGUUCAAGUUCAUACCAUGAAGAUGGAGUGCCAAGCUAUCUCCAUUAAUAUAAUCUGAUAGAAUUAGACGCUCCUGUUCCCUUGGUCCCCAAUAAUAGCUCCGCAAGGGAACUAUGUUCUGGUGUCGAAUAGAUCCAAUCUUUUUCACCUCUUUGGAGAACUCCUUUUUACGUCUUACAAGACCAACUCUCAACCACUUAACCGUCAAUGUGUGGCCAGUAUCCAUGGUUGCUUUGUAUGAAGUUCCAUGGCUGCUUCUACCAAGUACUUCUGCUGGGGCGCGAGACAAAUCCUCUGCAGUAAAUGUCAACGAAUUAUCCAAGAAAAACAAUUCUCCAGCAAGUCGAUCAGGUGAAUAGACGUCUAACACUACAGGUUGGUCAGCAAAGUCUAUGUUUCUAAUAGAAUGUGGUGAAGAUGUCAACGGAGAACCGGGGGAUGCUUUCAAUCCACCAGUUGGAGAGCAUCCAUCCUGCACAGGCUCAAACCCAAUUUCUCUUGAAUUAGAGAAACCUCUUUCAACUGUCCCAGUUGCCAUUUCUUUCUGUGCAGGCAAUGCCCUCGAUGCUGAAGUCAAUAAUUGAUCAUUGGAAAAACUCACUGAAUUUUGCACUGCAUCACUUUUGUGGAACCUGAAAAUAUUAGAUGGAGAAAAUCUUGCCAAUUUUACCUCUCUCCCUGAUGCAUACUCUCUGAACCCAUUUUUUCCACACAGCUCUUGAGUCGCUAUCAUAUAAACAGCCAUAAAGAUAAAGAAAAUCAACACAACAGCUCCAAUGGAACCAACAAUAAUUGCAACUAGAAUUCUAGAUUUCAUCUGUCGAUGUUCCGAGUGACCUCCAAUGACCCCUGACCCAGUCUCUGGGUAAGAUGGCCGACCAGGUAAGACUAGUAAAGCAUUUCCCGGAUGAAAUGAGUCAUCAUCAAACUUCCUCAGGUGUUCAGGAACAAGACCUGAAAGAUCAUUGUAGGCAACAUCGAAUUUCUUUAGAUUGAUUUGAGGAAAAUCCGGGAUCUUACCCUUGAAGUCAUUCAUAGACAGGUCAAGAACUUCCAAAUCAUUAAGGCUGGCUAGUUCAACUGGAAUCUCCCCAGAAAAGGAAUUUUUUCCAAGGUCAAGAUAUUUAAGCUUCUGCAACUCAGCAAUUUCAGGAGGCAAUGAACCAGAGAGAGAGUUAUCAGACAAAUCCAAAAACUCCAUUGGUAAAAGAGAUGGUACAGCUAGUGAUUCAGUUGAAUGAGGAGCUUGAAUUGGUAGGUUUCCCGUAAAUUGAUUCGCUGAAAGAUUCAAAUAUGUUAAGGACAAUGAUAUCAAAAGGCUAGGAAAGAGAGUCCCUGUGAGCUUGUUUAGACUAAGGUCAACAACAGACAACUGAUGGCCAAGUUCUAACACGGAAGGAAGAGAUCCAACCAAAGAGUUAUUUCUCAUCUUCAAAGAAGUCAAGCCUUGAAACUGAAAAGUAUUAUUUGGUAUGUUUCCUGACAACAUAUUUGAACUCAAGUCAACAACUUCUAUCGUAGAUCCCCAAUUCUCCAUCCAAGACAAAUCACCAGACAACAGGUUCAUACUCAAAUCCACUAUUUUGCAGCUGCCAAUAACUGCGGGUAACGAACCAGAUAAUGCAUUCGAUGAAAGGUUCAAAACUUUCAAAGAGGUAGAGUUAAUAGCAAAAAUUUGACCUGUGUAAGAAAAGACGAUGAAAGUAUUAAAGUUAGGGCCAUAAAAAAUCAGAAAAUAAUAUCUGCCAUAAUUAAAAAAAUCAUUUAAGGUUAGGGUGAGGAAAAGAUAAUGAACUUCCAAAUCCAACCAAGGAAGAAAAACACAUCAGUGACAAACAGUCAUAGAUGUAGCAUGACACAAAGUUGGGGAUGAAGUGCCAUUAUUAACAUUUAAUAGACAGAAAGUAGGAACUCCGAGUUUUUUUAGCAUUAAAACGAGUCAUUCACGUACCAGAUAUCAAAUAUAUACAUAUAUAUAUAUAUAUAUAGAGAGAGAGAGAGAGAGAAAGAGAAAUGAGUAUUUAACUAGAUUCAUACCCAUAAAAAGCACAAUCGAUUUGAUCUCAAAAUGUCACACAAAAUAUCCAGGAUACUAUUCCUUUUAAAGCACAAGGAAUUAAACUGCAUAUGGUUUUUGACAUAAAAGUCUGGAGUGGAAGGAACUCCACCGCCCCUAAUAUGGUAGACUCGCCCAACUAUGACAAAUACAAUAGACCAUCUGGAAGAAAUCUAAAGAACACUGUCAUCAACUAUCAUAAAUUCAAUUCCGAACUCGAUAUGAUAGGUACCAAUCCGCUGUUUCCUUUUAAACUGAUUUACCUCGGUAAAGAACAAUAAAUUGAAAAGAAGAAACCAUGAAAUCAUCCGGGGCAAGUGUGCAAUUUUAUGAAGCAUAAAUAUCUAACAUAGAAGUCAAGAACCAAUUGAGAACCCCAACAUGUUCGCUGCAUUGAUAAUUCUGAAACCUCGUUUCGAGGUAUCAAAUAUACAAUCGAUUCUGAGAUAAAAGGGAAACAGAAUACCAUUGAAGUAACUUACCAGUAAAUCCAUUUCCACUCAGGUCAAGCUCCAACAAGGCUAUUGAGCUCCCAAAGAGCCCUGCUUGGAGAGGGCCGAAUAACUGGUUAUUUCCUGCCCGUAGAACCCUCAAAUUGGGCAAGACAUCAAAUGACGGGAGCUCGCCAUUCAGCUGGUUAUAACUGACGUCCAAAAUUUCCAAAUUUUUGAACAAAGGAAGAGUGGCAUUGGUAAAGAAUGCCCCACUGAUCUUGUUGUAACUCACAUUAAUAGUCUUCGCCGUGUUUGCCAAACUCGAGAGAUUUUCGGUUUCCAUCGUCAACAUACCGUGGAAUAUGUUGUUACUCAGAUCAAGGUGUUCUACGUUCCGUAGCUCUGAGAAUAUGUCCCCAACAUCACCCCUCAGGCUGUUCUGGCUCACAUCCAGAACCCUUAGCUGCUGCAGAUUCCUCAUUCCACCAGGGAACCCCCCCGUGAAGCCAUUCCGCGAAAGAUUUAGGUACACGAGGCCCCAGAGUUCUGUGAUCCUCCGCGGAACAGGGCCGUAGAACCGGUUCCCCGACAGAUCCAGGUGUUGCAGAGACGCCAUUGACCCAACCGUCGGGACGAGCCUGCCAGUCAAGUUAUUUCCCGACAGGCUGAGGUUGCGGAGGGACCGCAUUCCAACGAGAGUAGAGAACUUGAGGUCGCCACUGAGGCCGAUGCCGUCCAGAGCCACACCAACCACGACCCCAUUCCCCUCGCACAUUACACCAUGCCAGGAGCUGGGGCAGCCAUCCGGCUCCAAUGGCGACGAUUCGUUCCACGACCCGAGGACCAGGCCCGAGGGAUCGUCUCGGAUGCCUUUCUUGAACUCGAGCAGAGAUCGGACGUCGUCGUUUUCCCCGGUAGAGAGCGGCGGCUGCUGCGCCACGGUGGAGUAGAUCAGCAAGGGAAACACCAGAAAAUGGAGACGGAGGGCCAUCCCUACCCUCCCACCCCUCUGUACGGCCCUCUCUCUACCACCUGCCGCAACCGGCCAUGGGCAUUGGCGAAGAAUCUCCACAAACUUGAUGAGGAAUCGGGUGGGGAAGAAGGCGAGGUCGAAGAAAAAUGGGGAUGAGAAAGUUAGGGUUCUUAUUGUAAGCUGCUGUGGCGAACGUGGUCGACGGAAGAAGGAAGUUUUCGUUAUGCUCUCUCUGGACUGCAGAGGGAGUGAAGAGAGAGAGAGAGAGAGAGAGAGAGAGAGAGAGAGAGAGAGAGAGGGGAACACCCUGUAA